ACCUGUAUAAUAAUUCCAUUAUGUGCACAAACACAAUAAUGAGCACACACAGGCUUCAUUUUUUAGUAAAAAAUAACAAGACUCGGGUUGGCUACUUAAUGAAUCUGAGCUCCACCCAGUUUCAACCUCACAUGAAACACAAGGCACACAGCUUGAAGACCAUCCUACUCCCUGGGGAUGAUUCCCAACCUGAGCUCGACCACAAACUAUCAAUUCACCUCCGGCACUAAUUGAAAAAAACAACUUAUAUACAGGCUAAAGAUAGGUAGAAAUACUUGUUCUUAAAUGGCUUGCUGAAAAGAUUCAAGAUGUUUAUUGUCAUACUGGUUAUACAAGUGAAAGCGUGUGAAAUGCUUAUGCUGGGAUGUUGGGACGAUAGGCUACUGUUUUAAUUUAACUGUUUUCUUAGACUGUCCGUCCCCAGCAGCCUGUUUGUUGACCAGUUGGCAAGACGACCCAAACACAAUGUGUUCUAAUGACAGUAACUUUGUGGACACGGAAGACGCGGCAAGAGAUGAAAGUCUGGCCACGCUGGAGAUCUCGCUUCUCAGUGCCAUCUUCAUUAGCGCCGCCAUCCUCAACAUCUCCCUGCUCAUUGUCCUCUGGAGACAGCGCAAACAGAUGUCCAGAAUGCGCGUCUUUGUCUUCCACCUGUGCCUGGCGGAUCUUGUGGUCGCUUUCUUCCAGGUGUGCCCGCAGCUCAUGUGGGACAUCACAGACAGGUUCGUCGGACCAGACCUGGUGUGUCGCCUGGUGAAGUACCUUCAAGUUCUCGGGAUGUUUUUAUCCACUUACAUGAUUGUGGUGAUGACAGUUGACAGAUACCAAGCUGUCUGCAACCCGAUGGUGAAGUUCCAGCGGACAAGCACACGAUUUAACAUCCCUGUGUGCAUGGCGUGGGGAAUAUCUCUGCUGGGCAGCUUGCCACAGGUUUUCAUUUUCUCACAGGUCGAGGUUGCACCUGGUGUGUUUGACUGCUGGGCCAAAUUCAUCCAGCCGUGGGGGCUGCAGACUUACAUAACCUGGACCACGCUGGUCAUUUUUAUUUUACCGGUUAUUACAGUUGUUGUUUGCCAAGUGCGCAUCUGCCGAGCCAUACAGAUCAACUUGUACCAAAAGACUCAACAGCAGGGCAACGUGGGUCUGCCUCUGCCAUCCAGAGCCAGUGGUGUGGUCGGAAUGUCCAAGGCCAGGGUGAAGACGCUGAAGAUGACGGUGGUCAUCGUGCUGGUUUAUAUUGUCUGCUGGGCUCCCUUCUUCACCGUCCAGCUUUGGUCCGCCUGGGAUCCAAAUGCGCCGAAAGAAACUGCGACUUUCACCAUCCUGAUGUUACUGGCCAGUCUGAACAGCUGCGCAAAUCCCUGCAUUUACCUUCUGUUUAGCAGCCAGUUUCCCAAGAGGCUGGUUGCACUUCUGUGCCAGCGGCGACACGGAGGUAAGGUUUCACUCAAUGAAGAGACGACGCUGCUCAGUACUUUGUACAUUAUCUUAAAAAAUGUUUCUGAGUCCAAAUGA